AUGAGUGAUCAACCGGGUCCCUCGCGGCCGAAACGAAAGAAAAUGGAGCCAGUUUAUAAGAUAACUGAUAGUGAUAUUGAAGAGCAGCUUUUGGGCAACGACUCUGAUGAUGACUUCCAGCUUGAGGACAUGACAUCAGAUGAUGAUGAAGAGGAAAUCGAGCGGCAAAAUAUUAUGCAAAUGGCGGCUAUGGAUUUACAAUUAGCGUCGCAACGUACUCGUCGAAGGAGUCCGUCAUUAGAAGCAAUACAACAACCAGAAAGAUUAGCACUACCUGAGGAAGGAGCUACUUCUUCAUGGACAACGACAUGUGAGCUAAAAAAAAUUGAUUUCACUAAACAAAAUGAGUUCUUUGGCGCGCCUGACCCAACUCCAAUCGCAUUUUUCAAUUUCUUCUUUGAAGAUGAUUUCCUUGCAAUGAUUUGUGAAAAAACUAAUGCUCAAGCCAGAAAGUUAUUUCUUUUCGGUGUUUCGGAAUCAUCAAGAAUAACUAAUUGGAAGGACGUGGACGUUCCUGAACUGAAAAUAUUCCUUGGCUUACUUUUCCACAUGGGUUCUUUUCAGCUGCCCCGACUACAAGAUUACUGGAAAAAGAGCCGGUUAUUUUCAAUACCUAUUUUUGGUCAACAGAUGAGUAGAAAUAGAUAUUUCCUAAUAAUGAGAUGUCUUCACUUCAGCUCAGAGACAGAGAUAGUGAAUGAUGACCCACUGUACAAAAUACGUAGUGUCGUUGAUUAUUUCAACCAAAAAAUGAAUACAUGCUAUUAUCCUGGCAAAGAGCUGUCGUUGGAUGAGAGCAUGGUUCUGUGGAGAGGGCGACUGAGAUUCAAGCAGUAUGUAAAAAACAAGCGCCAUAAGUAUGGUAUCAAACUAUACAUGUUGACUGAACCUGAUGGUCUCAUUUUGAAGUUUCGAGUAUAUGCUGGGAGCCAAGACCAUGAUGUUGCUGGAAAAGGGCACGCCGAAAAGGUUGUAAUGCAAUUGAUGGAGGAGAAACUUCACAAUGGACACUCAUUAUAUAUGGAUAACUAUUAUAAUAGUUUCCACUUGGCUAAACGUCUUUUACAUAAUAAGACUUACUGUAGUGGAACUUUAAGAAAGGAUUUGAAAGAAAAUCCAAAGGAUGUGGUUCAAAAAACGCUAAAAAAAGGCGAUAACAUUUCAAGGUUUCGAGAAUGUGUGCACAUCGGAAAAUGGAAAGAUAAGCGCCCAGUGAUGUACGUCACCACGGAAUAUGACGAUAUAAGGAUACCAGUUGCUAAUAAGCGUGGCCAAAUUAAUGAAAAACCUGCAACUAUUGCCAAAUAUAAUGAGUUUAUGUCAGGAGUUGACCGACAAGACCAACUGCUCGCAUUUUAUCCGUGCGAAAGAAAAACUCUUCGCUGGUAUCUCAAGUUAGCCAUCCACACCUUUCAACUACUAUUUAUAAACUCUUAUAAAAUGUACAACAAAUAUUCUGGAAAACCUAAAAUGACACUCUACGAUUAUCGCUUAGCUGUGAUAAAUGAGCUUUUACCUGAAAAAAAUACUGCAGUGUCUGUUCCAACCGGCCCAAGCAGAGCGAAAACGAGCAGAGAAGUGCCACACAAAAUCAGUAAAAUAACUGAGAGAAAUUCCAAAGGAAACAUCAAGCGCAAGAUGUGCCGCAUGUGCUCAAAAUCUCAAAAAAAACGGAGAGACUCUAUGUGGCAUUGCGAAACUUGCAUUGACAAACCUGGUCUGUGCUUUGAGUGUUUUGACGAAUUCCAUUUGUCCAUCUAG